AUGAAUUGAUUAACAUAUAUAAAUGAAAUUAAUGUAUUAAUACCAUUAGGUACUUGAAUAUCAAUAGGAGAUUUAAAUGUUAAUUUUGGUAUAUUAUUAGAUAGUUUAUCAUUAGUUGUUAUGGUACCAGUAGGAAUAGUAACUUUAUUAGUAUUAUUUUAUGCUGUUGAUUAUAUGCAUUCUGAUCCUAAUCGUAAUCGUUUUUUAAUGAUUUUAAGUGUAUUUGCUAUAUUUAUGACAGUUUUAGUUAUAAGUGAAAAUUAUGUUAUGAUGUUUAUUGGAUGAGAAUUUGUUGGUAUAAUUUCUUAUUUAUUAAUUUCUUUCUGAAGUACACGUAUUGCUGCUAGUAAAAGUGCUUUAUCUGCUGUUUUAUUAAAUCGUAUGGGUGAUACUUUCUUUGUUAUCUUCUUAGGUACUAUUAUUAGUGUUUGUCAUGCUGUUGAUUUUGAUACUAUCUCUCUUAUGACUCCUCAUAUGGAUACUACUAUUUUAAAUUUAUGUGCUAUUUUAUUAUUAUUAGCUGCUACUGCUAAAAGUGCUCAAUUAGGUUUACAUUCUUGAUUAUUAGGUGCUAUGGAGGGU